UGCGCAGCCGUCAAGUCACUUGAUUCAGAAGCUUGAUUCAGUCAUGAUAGUUGAUGGGAUGAACAAUUCAUUUAAAACAACUUGAUUCAGUAUCGAAGUUUAUAAGUAAAGCAGCAGUAUUAAAGGAAUGAUGUAGACCUAUGCCUGUACACAUAGAACAGAUAUUUAACUUGAAGGAUCGGCACAUCACGAUGGGAACGCUCAAAACACAGAUGUUAUGGGAGAGUAUACGGAGAGGAGAUCUGUCUGCCUCUGUUACACUCCUGGAAAAUGGCAACAUUAACUUGGAGGAGAGAGAUGAGAAUGGACAGACCUUUUUAAUGUUAGCCUGUGAACUAGGGGAAAUAAAUAUAGUCCGUGAGUUACUUGAUGCUGAUGUAGAUCCAAAUGCUGUAGACAGUGAGAAAUGGUGUGCCCUCCUGUGUGCUGCCAAAGAAGGUCACCUAGAAGUAGUGAUAGAAUUACUAGAGAGGGGAGCGGACAUUGAACAUCGAGACAUGAGUGGCUGGACUCCACUGAUGUGGGCCUGUUAUAAGGGGAAGAACCUUGUUGUACAGGAACUUAUUGAAAGGGGAGCUAACUUCAAUGUAAAGGCAGAGUUUGGUAUGUCAUGUUUAGCUUGGGCUGCUGGUAGAGGGCAUAAUGAAGUUGCCAAGUACCUGGUACAGAAAGGGGCAAAGGUCAAUGCUGCUGAUAAGUAUGGUACGACACCACUGAUUUGGGCCUGUAGGAGAGGGAACCUAGAGAUUGUAGGAAGUCUGUUAGCGUCCGGGGCCAGUGUUGAUGUUGUCGGAAUGAACUCUUGGACAGCGUUACUUGUAGCUACGAAAGGUGGAUUUACAGAAAUAGUGCAAAGUCUGUUAGAACAUGAUCCUAAUGUUAAUGCUCUCGACAAGGAUGGUUUCACUCCCCUAUGUAUUGCUGCCAAAGAAGGUUUUGCUGACAUAGCCCAUGAAUUGUUGUCUAAAGGAGCAUAUGUUAACAUAGCUGAUAAGGCUUCAGAUACUAUACUGAUCCAUGCAGUGAAAGGUGGACAUCUAGAACUGGUCAGAGCUCUGAUUAAUAAAUAUGCUGAUGUUGAUGUAGAGGGCGCUGAUGGUAAAACAGCAUUAUACUGGGCAGUAGAGAAAGGACAUACAGCUAUUGUGUAUUUACUGUUGGAUUGUGAUCCUGAUCUAGAAAUUUGUACAAAGGAUGGUGAUACAGCGUUAUUGAGAGCUGUUAGGUCUAGGAAUGAAGACGUACUCAGAAUGUUACUCGAUAAAAAGGCCAAAAUUUCUGUUGUUGACAAAAAAGGAGAUACUGCAUUACAUAUAGCUAUCAGAGGGAGGAGUAAAAAGAUCACAGAACUACUACUUAGAAAUCCUAGGAAUAGUCGACUGUUAUACAGACCUAAUAAAGCGGGAGAGACGCCAUAUCAAAUAGAUGCUUACCAUCAAAAGGGAAUUCUGUCACAAAUCUAUGGACAUCGAAAUUUGAAUGCAGCUGAUGGGGAAAAUCUCCUUGGUUACGAUAUAUACAGCAGUGCAUUGGCUGAUAUUCUCAGUGACCCCUCCCUCAACACGCCAAUCACAGUAGGAUUAUAUGCCAAAUGGGGGAGUGGCAAAUCUUUUCUGUUAGGAAAACUUCAGAAGGAGAUGAAAUCUUUUACUAGAGCCAGUGAAGAUGAACAUUUUACAUUUUGCUGGCCUUUAUUCUUUUUCUUGUUACUGAUUAACAAUGUUAUAGGUCUGACUUUAGCGUUAGCUGUUCAAUGGCAGAUUGGUCUGGGAGUAGGUCUUGGCCUGUUUGCUCUGGAAUAUGGAUUUUUAGCUGCCAUCUUUGUACUGGUGCGGAAAAACAACUUUAGAAUAUUAAACAAUAUCAGCCUAGUGCUGGGAAAAGAAUUGAGAUCAUUGACAUUACUCAUCAAGGUGUUGUUCUGUAAUCCAAAGCCAUCCUCUGCCAAGAAAGUAGAUGUACCAACUGUUAAGUUUUUAUUUAGCGAGAGUACAAGAUUAACAAGUGUUGGUGGUGAAAAAGCCUUGGCAUCAAUGAUUGGGACACUCGGGGAUAGUUUAGAACAGGAAUAUGGUACCCUCGUAGCACGUCUGUUCAGGGUGUUUAAAAAGGAAGCAGACACUACAAAUACCUAUACUGGAAGAUUCAAGACGUUUUGCUGUGUACCAUAUUUUGUUUAUUUGUAUAUAGUUCUGAUAUGUUUAGAAGUGGGCGUGGCCAUGUUAGUUACUUUUGCCAAAGACGAUGAUGUGUAUUUUGAUCCAAUUAAAAAUGUGACAACCACAGACUUCGGAGUAAAAAUCAGUAGUAAUAUACCAGUGUUUGUGACGUUGAUUGUAUUUUCUGUGAUAAUAGGUGGUGCUUUCUUCCUCAAUAUAUUUACGUGGGGGCAGGCAUUCAUAGCGGUCGUUUGGUCACAGAAGAGACGUGUGAUGAAUGCCGGGUCACAACUAGACAAGAUCAAGUUAGAUGGAUUGAUGCACAAAUUGAAACUUGAAGUUGACAUCAUGGCUAAAAUGGUGACAAGCAUGGAUGGAUUUACCGAAAAUCAGACCAGACUGGUAGUUGUUGUCGAUGGUUUAGAUAGCUGUGAACAAGAUAAAGUGUUACAAGUUUUAGAUACGAUUAAAACUUUAUUUUCUGACGAAGACUCUCCAUUUAUCACAAUUUUAGCCGUAGAUCCUCAAAUAAUUAUAAAAGGAAUUGAGAGCAAUAUAAAGACGUCAUUUGUAGAUACGAAUGUAAAUGGGUUUGAUUAUUUACGGAAUGUUGUACAUCUUCCAUUCUACUUACAAAGCCAGGGAAUGGCUAUACCUAAACAGACCAUGACGAAAGGCUUCUCACAGUAUGAUGUUUCAGAAACCAGGCCAAAGUCAGUCCAGCAUCAGGAGUCGACUGUUUCUACAACUGUGUAUGAGAUGAGAAAGAAGAGCCGGAGGAAGCAAGGUCGGUCUGACAGUCUGUCAAUAGCAGGAACAUCAAACUUUGAUAUCACAGGAAAUCUCUUCAGCAAGAAUGACUACUUUAGUGAUGUUAACCCACGUAGUAUGAGGAGACUGCUAAAUAUCGUUGCAGUUACAGGUCGUUUGUUGAGAGCAUACAACAUAGAUUUUAGUUGGUACCGUCUGGCAUCAUGGAUCAACAUAAUAGAACAAUGGCCGUACAGGACAUCAUGGAUUAUAUUGUAUUAUGAAGAGAAAGAGAUGAUGGACAACAAUUGUACAUUGUUUUCUAUUUAUCAAAAAAUCGCAGAUAAAUUACCAAUUUCAAAAGAAGUAGAGCCUCUGCUUGAGAUAGAUAGAAAUCCAAGAAAAUUAGAAGCUUUCUUAUCCAGUAAAUCGUCUUCAUCCAAAAGUCACAUGUUGACAAUUGCUGAUCUAAAGAAAUUCUUGCCAUGUACGAUCAACCUGGAUCCAUACCUUAGGAAACUUAUUAGAGAAUUACAGAAGAGCACUGAUAUCUUCAGAUCAGAGUUCCCCAUGUUUCCUCCUACGCCUGGCAUGUCUACAUCAGUUCUAGGAGUGCCACCAUCCAUCGCUACAGGAAUGAUUCAAGAUCAGUAUGCUACACCCAGACGUUUGAGUUCUAUCAGAAAUCAAAGUGCCUCAAAUCUGUUGCAGACAGAUCGGCAGAUGCCACCUGCGAUGCCACAGUAUGGAAAUAUGCCAUAUUACCCACCACAUUUUUAUGGCAUGCCACCCUAUAUGCCACAGUUAUCAUCUAAUGCAAAACUGAUACCAGAAUCAACAGCAAAGCAAGCCACUCCUGAUACUUUUAUAAAGGGUUACAACAAUGAAAGAUUGAGUUUGAUGUCUGUACAAGAUGUUUGUAGUCUGUUAUCCAAACUUGAUGGUAUCAACAAAACAUUCCUACUGAAAUAUCAGGACUGUGUGAUGGAAAACAACAUCAAUGGGCGUGUCCUUGUCAACUGUGACCUUAGUGAACUUGGACAAGUCUUAGAUAUGAAGUUUGGUGAUUGGCAGUUAUUUAAAGCAGCAGUUAAAUCACUUAUUGAAAGAGAGAAUAAUCUCACUGCUAGAAAAAUGGAUCCUGUGAGAGAAGACUUGGGUAUGAAUAUGAAUUCACAGAAUAGUUUUGGAUCUGGUUCAACCGUUGGUUCGAGUGUUUCUAACGGAACAAUUAACAAAUCAGAAAAGUCACAAAAAGUGUUCAGGUCAUCUAAUGCUGAAGGUUCAGGAUCUGUGAAAUAUAAGCUCCCAAAAAAUGACAAUGCAGAUGACUUUGAGACCAUUACGGAACAUGAAGAGCUUGUUGCCCUUAAUAGGAGGAGUAAAAUGCCUCGUAACGAUAGCGUUAUACAGCAGAUGAGUUACGAGUCCAGUCUCCUUCACGAUGCCAUUCACAGCUUCUCUCAAAUGGACGAAGAAGACGAGGAAGAGUCAGACAGUGAUUUAGAUGAAAUUGAUGCGGACGCAACUCCAUCGGGAAGUCUUUCAAGCGUUUUAGAAAGUGGAUCUGAAGUAAAGAAGAAGAAAACACUUCCCGUUCAGUUCUCUUUGUCAUCAGAACACAACAGGGACGUUUCACUUGAUUCGGCAAGAAUUUCUAUAACAGGAAGAGACACUGAACCGUUGCUAGGGGCAACGGCCUAUCCUCAGGUCGAAUCGGACAGCAAUUUAUACAGAGAAAGUCAUCAUGAAAGUUUAGAUGAAAUUAGACAGAUGCUAUCUCAGGAUUUAGGAAGGCAGAGCUCACCAAAUUUAUCAAGAGCUAAAUUAAAGUCUGCGCUGACUGUAGUCAGGAAUGAAGACGUGUCAAAGUCGACAGAUUCUGGCGGUUUCACUCCUGGUCUUGGUUCAGGAAAUCUUUCCCCUCAAUUUUCAGUAGGAUCUGGGUUAAACAACGAUGAAGUUGAACUUGUCAAUGAAGUAGGCCAUCAUCACAAGUUGACAAAGGAAAGAUCUAUUGAAGAUAGUAUACAUGACUUCGUCAUAGAUUCAGCACAGAAUAGGUUAGGUCAGAGGUCAUCUCCUGGAAGUGUGGAUGAUAUACAAAUGAUUAUGUUAGACAAUAGUAAAGACAAGGGACCAGAAGCUUUUGUAUAAUACACGGAAUCAGCCUGCCAAAAUUUGAUAGUACAAAUGAAAAUGUUUAAAUUCUUCAAACAUGUCAUCAACAUUACUGUGGAUUCAUUUAUUUUCUUCCAAUUUUUGUGGAUUGAGAAAAAAUUGUAUGUUCGUGGAUAUUGCCAAACUUGCAUAUAAGUCUGUAGAAGAUUUGUAAUUUGUUGAAUGUUUAAAUUUGUGGUUUACCUAAACCCACGAAAUUCAUGAAAAUUGGAUGUAAGUUAUCGUCAAUUCAGCCUCACAUGAAAUUUGUAUCUAGCCUGUGUGAAGAACAUUAGAAUGUCAUGAAUACAGAUGCUGUAGUCAGUUAUGUUCGAGAUAAUCAUGAUUAUGAUUAAAUUGAUUGUUAUUAUUUAUUCCAGAAUUUUUUUGUGUAAAUGUUGUGAAGACUUUCCUUUUUUUUUUUUUUUUUUAAAGAUAAGUUUUGAUAUGACGUUAUUUCAGGUUGAGUUAUUUCCCUUGGCUAUCAUUUUGAAGGGGUAAAUGAUUGAGUUUCUUAUUUGACAAAGGUCUAGCGGUCAGUAUAACAAGUUGAAUUUGGCUGAUUUAUGGAAGGACUUUGUGCACUUACAUACCUGCCAACUUUUCAAAAUUUCAGUAGAGGAUUUAGAGCACAAGAGGACCUUAGGCCCCUCUAAUAUUGUUUGAAUGAGUACAUAUGUGCUUAAAUACCCUUAUAAUUCAUUUGAAUACCUGUUUUGAGGUGUUCUGUUUAUAUAAUAAAGGAUUUCAGAAUUCAGGUAAACACCUCUCAUUGGGGAUAUAUCCCAAUAAAUCUGUAUAGUUGGCAGGUCUGCACUUAGACAGGUCUCCAAUGAUAACAAAAGGGAAGUAACUCAAAACCUAAAUCUAUAAAGAACAUUCCCUCUAUAAAGUUUGUUUUUGCCAAAUGAUAUUUCUAAAGUAUGUCAUAAGAAAUCAUAUGUUUGUAAAAUUUACCCUACAUUUAUUUCUUUGAUUUAGAGUGUCUCUGGUUUAGGGCAGCAUUCUAGUGUAAGAGACUUAAAGACUAAAUCAUUAUUACAAUGAUAAAAACCUCGUUCAAAAUACUAAACUACCAAUACUGGUAAUUUGUUUUCAUAAAAUAGCACCAGCAAUUCAUAAUAGUUUUUGUUAUAUUUGAAUUCUAUUGAAUAUACUGUGGAUUCAUUAUUAUUCGUGGGAUACCAAUUUUCGUGGGUUUUAUGGGUACAGUUAAAUCAUGAAUUUAAAUGUUCAACGAUUUACAAAUUUUCUAUUGGUUUGCAUGCAGACUAAGGCAAAACCACGAAAUUCAAUAUCCAUGAAAAUGCAAGAUUUCCUCAAUCCACGAAAAUUGAUACCCACGAAAAUAAACGAAUCCACAGUAUACUAUUUCUAUUAUUAGUGAACAUAUUUUGUUGUUUUUUUUUCGUAGAAACCUCAGGAUUUCAUCAUUAAUUUUGUUGAUACGUACAACAUUUGUAUCUGUAACAUUACUCGGCUGCAUUCACUUGGUAAUUUAAACAGCUGUAACAUAAUUUGUAACAUAAUUUAUAAAUGUGCCAUUCUAUUUAUAGUUAUCCCUGAAUUUAGUACCUAAAGGCUUCAAUUUCACACAAGAGACUUGUUACAUGUGUGACAAAGGAAUUAAUAUUUAUACUAACAUGACUAUACAUGUGGGGUAGAUUGUGACAAAGGAAUUAAUAUUUAUACUAAACAGCUGGGGUAGAUUGUGACAUUUUCAUCGUCCAUGGUGGAAGGUGACGACAAGGUGAACAAAUCUUUAAUGUGGUAAUUAUGCCACCUUUUGGAGUAGGCAUGCUAUUUCAUUUCCUUAUAUGUCCCGCACUCUAACUUAAGUUUUACUCAUCCAAAUUUUCUGAAACUCAUACACAAUGCUAAGAACAGUUUGAAUUUGGGUAGUGAGUCACUUAGAAUUGGUUCUAGAAUUAUACCCCUUUAUAACUUGGAAAAUUGCAAUUUUUUUGUUUAUGCACUCUAACUUACCAGUAAGUUUGUCUCGUUCAAGUUUUAUGAAACUCAUACACAAUGCUAAGAACUACAACACGCAGACAAAGUUUGAAUUUGGGUUGUGAUUCAUUUUCAAUUUAGAGUUAUGCCCCUUUUUAUCUCGGAAAAUUGCAAAGCUUGAACGGGGGCAUUCGUGUUCUCAGACACAUUCUGCUUUUAUAGUGAAAGCACACAUUCAUUAUGAUGAAAGAAUGAAAACGUUAACCUAUUGUUUUCAAUCUUAAUUUUAAAUCUAAACUUUAUUUAAAGUGGCUCUCCAUUGUUGGACGGUAGAAAUGACACAUUCACCUUUGUUGUAGUGUAAUAUAAAAUAGAUCAAUGUAAAGUCAAUCAUGAAAAAUGAAAUACUUAAAAUACCAGUUUUAGAACUGUAGAAUAAUAAUAAACCAUGAGUAUGCAAUAUUUACUUGUGGAAUGUUUUUCAUUCAAAAUGAAUUGCAUAAUACAUUUUAAUAUCUUUUUAAUUAAGUCUUAACUGAUUUUUUUAUGUGUAUAAUAUUGUUUUGUAUGUUUUCGUAUAUGAAUAUUUGUUGUUGUUGAUCUUUUUUGAGUUUUUUUUAAUAUUUUUUUUGUGGGAAAAAAAUGAAAUAUUCAGACUUUUUUUUUUAAAGUUCAUUCUAUUUGAUAUUCUUUAAAUUAGGGAAUUAACCGAACAAACUGAACAAACUGGUUUACUAUUGAUGCAGUACUGAUUGAGAGAACAGGUUCUUAUAUAUUACAGAUUUUUAAAAUCACUUACAAAUGUUUAGGAAAGUGUUAGCCCUGAUAGCAUGAAUAAGCUAUAAUUAGAAUCACUAAACCCAGACCUUGUUAAUAAUGAUAUUUUGUUAAUAAUUAUAUUUUUGCUUAAUAAUAAUACUGUUAAUUCAGAAAUUAUUGGGUGCAUUUAUUAUUGCAAUUUAUGAAGAAUGGACAAGAAUGGGAAAUUGAUUAUUUUUGCGAUUUCAGGAAAACCUGCAUGCAGAUAUAUGUAUCAGAUAUCAGAAUGCAAAUUCUUAUUAUUGAAAAUUUACAAAGUCUUAUUAUUCGCAUUAGUAAAAACCUGGCAAUAAUUUCUGAAUCUACAGGACACAAAAAGGACAACUUGAAUUACCGAAAUAGGGUCAACAAAACAGAUCACACCAACACCCAACUCAGGAUAAAAAGAUUGGAUGUAACACGUCUUCUGAUUGGCUGAAAUUUUUUUUUGUCAAGCAGCUCAUAGACUGAAUUUGUCAUGUGACUGUGUCAUCAUCAACGUUUUUUUCAUGAUUUACUCCUUAAAAAUGGAAUUUAGAAUUAAAUUAUAAGGAAUUACUGUAAUAUUUUGAACUCCAACGUUAACUCUAAUUGCCUGUCAAAUUUUUUUUUUUUGGCCUAACAGGAUUAAUACCACCAUUGAUUUUCCCCUAAUAGUCUUUAUUGAAUUGCCAUUUUUCAAAAAAUUGUACAGAAUUUAUCUUUAUUUCAAAUAAAAAAAUAGUUGAGUAAAACUAAAGUUUUAUCCAUUCCAAUACUACAGUAAAACAUUUCAUUGCAUAUAAGAAAAUAACCAUCACCUGAAGUAAACUGAUCAACUUUUCAUCACUGUUUUUCCUGUUUACAAGCUUUGAUAACCAUGUCACCUCUAGUUUCCAAAUUAUUUUUUUUAACAUUAAAAGAAUAGUGCUUUGACACACCCAAGAUACAAGUUUAUGACUCAGAAAAAAAAUUUUGCAAUGAAAUGCAAGGUUAAUUUCCUACAACUGUCAAUGUUAAAAGGAUUUUUUUUUUCGACCCUUUUUCGUAUAAAACUGGAUGUGACGUCAUGAUUUGUUGGUAUAACUCCUAACACAUAUAUUUUUCAUUAUGAUUGCAGUAACAAAAAACCAGUUUGUUCAAACAUUUGAGUUACCUCCACUGUAAAGAAAUGUAAUUAUAGAAAACAAUGUAUUUUGAAUGAGACAGACCCCCAACUAUAAUGUAUUUGAAUUUGUGUGUAGAUAUUGUUACUUGUGAUAUUGAUUGCCAUGCCAAAAGAAGUAAUAUGAGUGCUAUUUGAAAUUUUCCCUUCUUUGUGAUUAAGUUUUGAAAUCCAAGCUACCUUUAAGAAAUUUUAAGCAUAAUAUAAUUUGAAUGAAUUUCAAAUAUUUAUGAUUUAUAAAAGAAAAUAUCGUAACUAAUUUUAUCAUUUUGUUUUCCUAUGUAUAUAGUUUAAUACACAGAGUAUUCUGUAAAUUUGUCUAAAAAUUUUUCUUGGGGAGGGGGAGGGGGACGAGUGGUAUAAUCCUGGUACCUUUGAUAACUAAGUAGUCAAACUACUAUAUCACUAGCCUGUCAACACUGAGGUUGUGAGUUUGAAUCCCGCAUGUGGUAGGUGCACUCAAAUCUUAAUUGACUAGGAUUGUCAGUUUUCCUACCAAAGGUCGGUGUUUCUCUUAGGGCUUCCUCUACCAAUCAAAACUGACUGCCAUUAAAAAGCACAAUAGUGCUGAAAGUGGUGUUAAACAUCAAUCAGUCAAUCAAUCAAUCAAUCUUAGUUUUUUUCUACAGAUACAUAAAACUGUGUCUUGAUAUGAUGAAAAUGUGUAUUAGGGACAAAAUUGAGAAUGAGUGUUUACUCAGAAAUCUCCAUCUAUUUAACCUUGAUGUGAUGAAUAUUUUGUGAUGUUUUGCAACAAUAUCAGCAAUUCUUAUUUAAAGCAGUUUCUUCUUUUUUUAUGUUUUUUCUUUUAACUCUGUUGUGCGAAACUUUUGGAUGAAGUUCUGGAUUUAGUUAGUCCUUGUAAAGUUGUGAAUAAAUCAGAUUGCCUUGGUCAUAGACACACCUUAUAGCUAUUGUUAACUUUGACAUGUAUGCAAUGUUUUUAUUAAUCCGAAAAUUAGGAUGAGAUAGGUGUUGCAUUGAUAAAAACUUGCAUUUUAAUUAUGAUAACAUGAUUUUUAUACGCCCGUUUACACGAUGUAUUAUGGUAUACUGUUGUCCGUCCGUCCAUCAUCAAUAUGUCGGACCAUAACUCAAAAACGCUUAAGAAGUUAACCAAUUUUCAUGAAACUUUAGUGAAUUGAUUAUAUGUAUUUAGGUAAGCUCCCUUUCGAUUUUUAUAAUUUUAGAUUUUAUGUUUCCGAGUUAUGGUAUUUUAUUCCUAAAAAAGGGGGAAUUUUCUAGUUUUGGGACAAUAACUCAACAAUGAUUUGAGCAGUUUUCAUGAAACUUUGGUGAAUGGUUUAUAUUUAUUAAGAUAAGCUCCUUUUAGUUUUUUUUAUAAAUUUCUGAUAAGACAUUUAGGAGUUAUUGAACUUUAUUCGUUGAAAAAGCGACGGGUGUAUCAUGCGCUCAUGGCGCAGCUCUUUAUCAUGCAGCAUGGCCUGAAAUCGUGAUAAUUAAACUCUUAUUUGUGUAGAUUGUUCAACAUUUGCAAUGAUAAAUGCACCCAAUAAUUUCUGAAUUUACAGUAUACAAAGCAGCAAUUUUAAGCAAAAAAUAAGAUGCAUGAGGGUCUGGAUGGGGUUUGCAUAAUUGAGAAUAAUUGGCAAAGAAUAAAUUUAAGAAUAGAGAAAAAUGGGCAAAAAUAUAGAGACAGUGGUUUAAAAAAAGUUACAAAAAUGCCUAAAAUGUUCAGAAUAAAGAAAUGAAAACCUAUCAUCCAGACCCUCUUAUAUUGGUCAAACUGAAUAUAAUUAUGAAAUGGUAGACAGCUGCAGUACAGAGAAAACAGUUUAUGUGAGUGCUUUGACCAUUUUAAUUUGUUUAAGCACAAAUAAUUUGUUGUUUUGUUUGUUUAUUUGUGUAUUUGUAAAGUAAUGUUAUGAUUAUAAAUAUCUCGUGUAUUACAUGUACCAAAUAAUGUUAAUAUUCAAAAGAAUUUUAUUUUCUGUGAAAAUUAUAUUUGUUUUAUAUGAGUAUUCCCAUUAUGAAUUUAAAAUUGUUUUAUUUAUAAUCUUGAAUAAACAGAAUCACUUCCA